AUGGCGGACGGGGAGCGGUCGCCGCUGCUGCCGCCCGAGGCGGGGCCGGGCCCGGGCGGGGCCGCCGCCGGCGCUGGCGGGGAGGCCCCGCCACCCUACUCGCCGCUGGGCAGCCCCGAGGAAGGGGCGGCUCCCGGGGCCGGCGGGGCUGGACCGGGAGGCGCCGGCGGGUCGGGUCCGCCCGCCGUGACGUGCCGGGUGUGCCAGCGGCCCAUCAGCGUCGAGGGCAAGACGCACCAGCACGUGGUGAAGUGCGGGGGGUGCGGGGAGGCCACGCCAAUCCGCACGGCCCCCGGCGGGAAGAAAUACGUGCGGUGCCCCUGCAACUGCCUGUUGGUGUGCAGGGCCUCGGCCCAGCGCAUCGCCUGCCCGCGGCCUUACUGUAAACGCAUCAUCAACCUGGGCCCGGUGCACUCGGGGGCCCCCAGCCCGGACCCCCCCCCGGGGGGGGUUCGUGUGGCCUGUGCCCACUGCGGGGGGCCCUUCCUGUGGGCGGAGCUCCCCGACCGCUCCCUGGCCCGGUGCCCCCAUUGCCGCAAGGUGUCCGCGAUUGGCCGGCGGUUUCCACGGCGACGGUGCCUGUGCUGCCUCCUGGGGGCGCUGCUGAUGGGCGGGGCCGCCGCGGGGCUCGCGGCUGGCACGUGGUGGCUGUGGCGCCGGGCGCGGUGGGUCCCGGCGGCCUGGGCGGCGCUGGGGGCGGGGGCGGGGGCGUGUCUGCUCCGGGCGGCCUAUUGGGGCUGCGUCAGGGUCAGCCAGCCCCUCCCACCCCGCGCCUGACCACGCCCACUCCCGCGGACACGCCCACAACACACCUGGGAUGCACCUGGUGACGGUGGGACACGCCCACUUUUUGUCGGACACGCCUCUUCCCCCUUUGGGGACACGCCCACCCUUGGGGCCGGUGAC